AUGGCGCCACAGUACAUGAAAACAAAAUGGCGCGAGCGAAGUGAUCACUCUCGUCUAUCUAUACUCUCUGAAAUGAAACUUUUUAAGAAAUUGCAGAAGCGAAUUCAGGGUAUUCGACUAUUUCGUCUUCGAAAAUCGAGAAAAAUUUGUAUUUUAGUAGAACGGAAGGAACAAUUAACCAUGUCCAUGGAAGAAUCAAAUCCAAAACAAAGGCAACGUCAACCAGCACUUUCUGAACUUAAACUUCAAUCAAUGUUGAAAACACCCUGUGAAAAUGCAGCCAACAACAUAAUUUAUCUGUGGAAGUGUGCUCAAAAAGAAAAUCAGGUCCGAAUUCUUAAAUUCAGACGUAAUUUUUCUCUGGAUCGAAGAUGCUUAAAACCACCAAGUGUCAGCCGCAAACCGAGAAAGUCUUCAAGCGGAACUCGACAGCGAUCUCGAACUAACAGCAGAAACAACAAAUUGCGCUGCAGGUCUGAACUUGAAAAGAUAGAAGAGGUUUUACAAGAAGAAAGUAAUUUGAACCACAGUGCAAAGGAGUCCGAAUCUGAUUCUUCCCAGUUGAUCCCAAGAUCUAAAAGUGACGAGAAAUGUGAUAGAUUGGAGAUUGAAACCUCAAUUUUCGAUUCUCAGAAGAAGGAGAUAUUUCUCAAGUUCAUUCCAGUCGACAAAAAUUAUCAAUUGAUACGCAAGAAAAUUGGGAAUGAUAGAAUAGGGUCGAGUUGGAUUGAGAUACAGGCAUGGUGCACUAAAUAUCAAUCUAAACAUCAGAAAAUAAAUCAAAUUCGGCCAACAAUUCGUAAAAGUCAAACACUUCUCAUGACCAAGGACAGAAAGCCCAAGUUCACUAUUUAUGGUGACAUUUUGGAAUUCGGCAAUCAAAAGCUGUGUGAAGAAACAUCAGUUCGUGAUGAAGAAAUUUUGGAUCAUCCACGGUUCGGUUUUCAUUCAAAUCAAGAGUAUUUAAGUAGCAUUGAAACCAGUGCAGAAUCCAGGGGCAAUAGAAUUCAGUUCAGCAUAGCACCAGAGGUUUUGUCUUCAUCCAUUCAACUGUGUCACCAGAAAACAGAAAUGAUGCUAUCGUGUUUAAGGACUUAUUUUAAGGAUUUCGCCGAUAUCGAAGUCAUGUGGGUUGAUUCACUUCGUAAGCAUGUACCCAACAAAUCUUUCAAGAGUUGCUUCCCUUCAAGCGUGGCUGAGGUUCUCAAAUCACAGACGGCAAAGGCUCGAGCUGUUUUGUAUGUUACUAAGGACGUGUCGAUAUUAUUACGUCAUCCUGAUACUUGUUUCCUGUCAACUCUUGCGUUAACUGCCGGAAUAAGUCGAGAUCAACUAGUCAUUCUACCAUUUGAUAUGAAACCUCGAUAUUUCUCGGUUGUAAAGCGACGGUAA